GGAUCUCUCAUUCGGUCCACGCAAAUUCGAAUCAUUAAGCUCGAGAUAUAAUCUCGCCAGCCAGAAGAUCGACAGAGGCAACCAAAGGACUACGACGCGUCAUGGAGAACCCUAAGGAAAUAGUGACUCUUCAGCAGAGUCGCGAUUAGUUCCAGAAUCCGUGCAACAGGACUGCAACUUAUAAUCUUGUACUUGCUUAUAAUCGAGAGCACUGACUACCGGUGGUGAGAUCGCGCGUAGAUUGUUCAGGAAGUGUCGAAGGACUAACAGGAUCACUCGCUCAGAAUGUCAAGAACUGAUAGUGCAAAAACGACCAAUCAUAAGAUCGUUCGUUGAGAGCCUUGUGGAUCAGUGGCGUGUAAGGAGUUCCAAGGAGCGUCGAAGAGCGUUUGGUGUUUCCGCCGGGUUAUUUCGUGUCGAGGACGAGGACGCUUCUGCAUCAGGCGUUUUCAUCAGCAUCAGCGACGAAAGAAACACCUCGAUCGUGAAAGUUCGUUUGCGUGGUGCGCGAGUGCUUCCAGAGGCCGUACGCCCGCUGACGCGGGCCUCGCAGAUGUUCGCGCAUCGAGCUGGUUCCUGGUUCGCUGGAUCGUCGAUGUAAUCGUGUCGUCGUCGUCCCGCCGACCCGUAAAGAAUGAUUUGGGUGUACGGGAUCAUCCUGCCCCUCGUGGGAAGCGUCGCGUACGCCCAAGGACUAAAGUGCGGCCAUCCGGCUGUGCCGAUGAACGCCAAGGUGUCGUUGUCUGACGAAUCCUUGACGGUAGGCACCGUAGCGAAGUACACUUGCGAUGCCGGCUACGAACUUUUUGGGACCGGCAGCUUGACGUGUAACGCCCGAGGAAAAUGGCAGGGUGAUCUACCAUUCUGUGGUACGAACGUCGGUUUUCGCAAACCGGCGAACCAGUCGACGACCGUGAGGGGCGGAAACGCGAACCACGGCAACGACGGUGACUUCAGCACGGAACACGAUGGGAAAAGAUGCACGGAAACCCAAAGUGAACCCAGUCCCUGGUGGAGAGUCGAUCUUCUCAAGCCGUACGCCGUCAAAGUCGUUCGCGUGACAACGCGAGGCUGUUGUGGUCAUCAGCCUCUUCAGGAUAUUGAGAUAAGAGUGGGCAAUAGCAGUGCUGAGUUGCAGCGCAAUCCUCUGUGCGCCUGGUUUCCCGGCACUGUCGAGGAGGGUAUCACGAAGACCUUCAUCUGUGCCAGAGCUCUGAUGGGCCAGUACGUUUUUCUGCAACUUGUUGGAGUUGAGGGCAGCUUGAGUCUCUGCGAAGUGGAAGUUUUCGCUACAGAUGAAUUCUCGGUGGACAGAUGUGCACACGUCGGCACGCCCGCAGAUGCCGAUUUGACUGCUUUCAAUUCCACGUGUUACGAAUUUGUAGUGAAAAAGGGUGGCUCUUUUCAGGAAGCAAGAAACUACUGCAAAGCUCGUAGCGGUGAUCUCGUUCACGGUUUCAAGGGUAUAUCAUCGAUAUUUAUCCUGAACAACCUGGAAAGGCGGAAAGAUAAGCUAAAGACUCAGCUAGUCUGGAUCGGUGCCCAGAAAGAACCGCAAAUCACCGCUCGAACAUGGCGAUGGGUCGACGGCGAGAUCGUGCAGAGGCCAUCCUGGGGCAAGGACCAGCCGAACAACUACAAUGGCGAGCAAAAUUGCGUCGUGCUGGACGGAGGUCGCGGCUGGCUCUGGAAUGACGUCGGCUGUAAUCUCGACUACCUUCACUGGAUCUGCCAAAGUAGGCCGCCGACCUGCGGCAGUCCCGAGAAAUCGGAGAACACCACGAUCGUGGGAUCCAAAAGAACGAUAGGUUCCAUCAUAGAAUACAUUUGUCCAGAUGGAUAUAUGCUGGUUGGAUCGAAGACCAGAAUGUGCGGAGCGAGCGGUUUUUGGAACGGUGACGUGCCCACGUGCAAAUUCGUCGACUGUGGGGCUCUAUCGAAUUUGGAGAACGGCGCUAUUACUCUGCUUGAGGGUAGAACUACGCACGGUGCUCUCGCGGAUUACGCGUGCAACGAGAAUUAUACGCUGAUGGGUGACACAAAGCGAAGAUGCGGGGACGGUGGUAUAUGGAGUGGCCACCAGCCCCAGUGCCUUUUCGACUGGUGCCCCGAGCCACCGGAAGUGAACGGCGGCGUCGUGACAACCACCGGAAAAAGGGCAGGCUCCACCGCCACUUACUCUUGCCAGAAUGGAUUUAUUCUAUUCGGGGAUAAUAUCCUCACAUGCAAUAUCGGUGGCGAAUGGUCCGGCAAAGCGCCGCAGUGCCGAUUCGUCGAUUGUGGGACUCCGGCCCAGAUCGAAUUCGGCAACGUCGUUCUGAUUAACGGCACAACUACAGUAAGCAGUCUGGCUGUUUACACAUGCCAAGAGGAUUAUUGGUUAGUGGGCGAAGGAAAGCAAGAGUGCACCAAGGAGGGCAAGUGGAACCACGAUACACCAUCAUGCGAAUUAAUCACAUGCGAGGAACCGGAAGUGCCCACCGGCGGAUACGUCGUGGGAUAUGACUUGAACGUUCAUAGUGUUAUUGAAUACCACUGCGAAGUGGGUUAUUUGCUCCAUGGCGAGGCGAGACAUUCCUGCGGCAAAGACGGAGAAUGGACGGGAGAGGUGCCGAGUUGCGAGUACGUUGACUGCAGCAAGGUGCUUCCGGUUCUGAACGGUGCCGUGGACUACGUGAACGGGACGACUCAUCUUGGCAGCGAAAUCACGUACAGCUGCACGAGGAAUUACAGGCUAAAUGGAGUCUCAAGAAGAUACUGUCUAGAUAACGGUCAAUGGAGCGACGCCACUCCGAAAUGCGAAGAGAUUCGGUGUCCGGAGCCCGUCUUGGCGGAACAUGGAAUUCUCUCGGUGACCGGAAACGAUCGGAUGUACGGGAGGACAUUGAUCCGCACGGGAACCGUGGAAAACUCGAACACGGGCGCGACCUCGUACAAGAUCGGUGCCUUGGCAAAGUACAGGUGCGAGAGAGGAUACAAGGUGGUCGGGGAGCCUUUGUCUACCUGUGAGGAAAACGGAAAGUGGAGCGGCGAAGUGCCGCAAUGCGUCUACGUUGAUUGCGGCAAACCGGAAAACAUUCAACAUGGACGUUACACACUAACAUCGAAUGCGACAUAUUAUGGAGCAGCUGCACUUUACGAGUGCGAUGGCAAUUUCGAGCUAGAUGGUUUCGCCAGAAGACUGUGCCUUGAAAACGGCACCUGGAGCAGCGAUACUCCUGUCUGCCGAGAAAUACGAUGCAGGGAUCCCGAGAAAACCGGUGUGUUAUCGACGCAAGUAUCAACCCACAGUGUAGGCGGAGUGGCGCAUUAUAGCUGUCCACGUGGGUUUUAUAUGGAAGGGAAUGAAACGAGAAUCUGUUUGCAGAAUGGAUCUUGGAGUGGCACAACGCCUGCCUGUUUCUCUAUUGAUUGCAAGCAUCCAGGACCGAUAGAAAACGGUCGAGUGAUAGUAGUCAAUGGAUCAACAACCUAUGGAGGCGCCGCGGAAUAUCACUGCUUGCCGCAAUACGAAAGAAUCGGCAUAUUCUUGAGAAAAUGUUUAGAUACUGGAUUUUGGAGCGGCGAGGAACCAAAAUGCGAAUUAGCCGCAAAUGAAGUGGCAGAGGCGCAAGGUGUUGGCACGAGCGUUGGCAUUGGUGCGGGUGUCAUUAUAUUUAUAUUAAUCAUUCUUGGACUAGUCUAUCUCAGACUGCGAAAAGCUACGCCGGUGAAGAAUACCGAAAACGUCCAAGCGGCAGAAAGAAAAGAGGACCAAAAUGCUGCCGUUAUGUCUUACGCGACUUUAAAUGACGGCACGCAAAAUACCAUGUACGAGAAUGUCCCCGAAGAUGGUCUCUACGAUAAUCCGUACAGUUUAGGUGGCAGCGCCUACAGAUACGGCGGCCAUCCGAGAAGAAUGUACGGCAGAUCCGGACAUUACGAGGCCGAGCCGGUCCCGAGAAAUGGAAUCACUAUCAACGGCGUGUCUGUGCGAUAGCUCAAAAUUCCACGUCGGUCUUUUAAAAUACUGCGACCUCGUCGGGAAUCGCGCGCAGGAAAUUGUCGUCGACCUCGAGGGAUCCUCUUGCGCUUUCCACUGUUCGCUGGGGCGCUUUUGUGUACAGAAAACACCGAAGAACUUUAAUUUUGUUAACGUUAUUUAUAUCACCGUCCAUUAAGGGCACGACAAUUUAUGUAAAUAAUUCGCGAGGGUGUAUGCAGAACGAACGAGGUGCUGCGACGUUCGCAAGGAUUGCGCACCAAUUACCAACCUACGUUCUUUCAACGAGAUUUCUUCUGCGAGAAUCAGCUACGUGUACGAUUCUGUAUAUACAGUGUAUCAAUUAUUUAGGUUCAUUAUACGUAGGCUCUAAGUGACACGUUGUAGCAUAAGUUUAUGAUUGUGCGAAUAAAGAAACCAAUGGCUCUUGUUGUACUUCAC